AUGGCUCACUAUCAUGUUUUGCCGAAUGAACACGAAGAGAACAGAUUGUUCGUAGAAUAUAAUAUGACAAAUGCACAAGUCAAAGAGGACGUCGCUGCUAUUAAGGAAUGGAUGUUGACAUGUUCAAAUUUACCAAAGUUUCCGGAAUCUAAAAAUGGUAGGUAAUCAAUUACUUCAAAUAAUAAUAAUUUUUUAUUAUAUAUUUAUAAGUUAUCUAUAACAGAUUGUAAAAAAAAAAAAAAAAAUACAAAGUAAUUUAGGUACAUAGGUACUAUUCUAAUUGCAGCAAUAAUUGUCCUCAUUAAUCAUUUUACGACACCAAACUUGAGUUAAGUAAAACCUACACCCAAUAAAUUGAGUUUGUGACCAAAUUCAAUAAACUGCGUUAAUUAUUGAUUUUUCGAAAUCAGUGGUUACAUAUUACGGCAAUAAUGUCAUUCAUAAAGAAGUACAUUUUUGUAAUAUCAUGUAAAAUGUUUGAACAUAAAUUUCGGUUGAUUUAUUUGAAAGUAAACAAAAAAUUAAUGGGGUAUAGUUUCCGUUUUAAAGACUAUAGAUGAUCACUAUUUAUGUUAAAAAACAAGCUGAGUAUUUAAAUAUUCCAUGCAUGUAUAAUAUCUUGGUUUCUUUUACGAAUAAAAUAUUGGAGAUGCAUGAAAAUAUAAUAACGUUUUUCUCUUUGUCAUUCAUAGAUAAAAAAAAGGUUCACCUUGUUUAGUUUUUAAGUCAUUUUUUUCAACGGUAAAUGAACUUUUUCUAAACUUUUGGAAUAUGCUGGUAAUACUGUGUAUCGAGCUUCGUAUAAAUUAUUCCUUGUUCUUUUAACGUCCAUUGCAGCAAACUAUAUUUAGUACUUUCACUUAGUAUUUCACUCAGGAAGUCAGGACUCAGUAUUUCCAAUAAUUUCUUUUAAAAUAAUAAUUGGUUUUGGUAUGAAUGAGGGAGUAUCGACUGCUUUCCGUUUACAUACUGAGUUAACAAUUUACCUUGAUAUUGUAUCACGAUUAUAUGAAUAAUGGUUAUGUGAUAAAUUAUCACGAUGAUCCUGCACAACAAUUUUAUUUUCAGUGUACCUUUUGGCAUUGCAUUCUCCAUUAAUACACCGCCAACGUGUAGUAUUAUUCGUUUUUAUUCCACGACCUACGCUAAAUUUAUAGUCAUUUAAAACUAAUAUUGUUUUACCGCGAUUGCUCUCUGUAAAUUCAGCCGUUAUUGAGUUAAAAAAAGAAAUAAAAUUGAAUAAGUAAAGACGUAACGAAUAUGACACGUACGCAAAGACUAUAGAUAUUGUAUUAAAAUCUAUUUUUUAAAAAUAAAAUAAUAUACGGCUGAAAUGGAAAGAUACGAUUUUAGUCGAAAACGGUUAUGCCCAGAAAAACAAACAUACAGGGUGUCCCACGAAGAUAUACUCAUCAUUGUAAUAUCUCCGAAGAUAAUAAAAAUGAUCAAAUUCUGUUUUUUUUUAUAUUUCUCAUAGGAAUAAGGACUACAAAAUAUUUAUAUUUUAAUUAACUUUUUAAGUUUUCGUAAAAAAAUUAAACAAAUAACGUUUUAUUUUAUUAUUUAAAAAAAAUGUACGUUUUAAAUUUUAAAUAAUUUAAUCUUUUGACAAUUUUGAUGUUUCAACUUUUUAUUUUUAGUAAAUUUGUGAUUUUUAAUAACUGUUUAAAGUUUAGAGAAAGAAAGUAUGCAGUCAAUUAGCCAUAAAUAAUAAUAAAAAUAAUCAAUUAGUGAAAUGACUGUAAUAGUCUGCUGCAUAAUUAUUGAUAGGAACUUUUCAUUUUUUCUUUUAAAUCAACUUUAAAAUUUUUUUUAAAAUCUCGAAUUUACUGAAAAUAAAUAGUUGAAACAUAAAAAUUGUCAAAGGUUUAUACUUUAUAAAAUUGCUAUCUUUAAAUUUUUCAAAAAAAAAAAUAAGUUAAUUUUUUUAGUUUUUUUUUUUACAAAAACAUACAAAUUUAAUUAAAUUAUAAACUUUUGUAAUCCUUAUAUCUGCGAGUAUUAUAAAAACAGAAUUUGAUUAUCUUUAUUAUUUCAGGAAAUAUUGCAAUGGAUAUCAUCGUAGGAUACCUGUAUAAUAUUAAUAUCAUUACCAAUAAUGUAUACUUUCUUGGUUGUUUUGAGAUUAAUUAUGUGAGUAAUCUAUAAUUAAUGUAAGAAAAUAUUGAAUUUUUCAGAUGAAAUUAAUUUUUGGAUCGAAGGUUUUCUACGAUUGACAAAAUGUAAUAUCGAAAAGUCCAAAAUAGCUAUAGAAAGUCAUUUCCGAAUGAAAACGAUUUUUCCACAGGUUUUCGAUGUUAAUGAUCUACCGAGUUACGUAGAAAGUGACAUAUUUGAUUAUUUGUAAGUAAAUCAAUAUUGCCUCGUAAUCGUAAACUUGUGAUUCGAUAUUUUGAUUAGAUUAUAUAGGUUUAAUGAUAAUAUAGUGAAUUAUUAACAAUCAGUUAUGUUUGAAAUUAAAGUAAAUAUGUGGUUAAUGAAGGCUGGUGAGUUUAACGUCAAAUGUAUACGCUUAGUAAAAUCAAAGCUAUAUGCAGUUUUUGGUUUUGAAAAACGUAGAAUAUUUAUUUUUAACAGGUUUAACUAAAAUGAAAAAUUCCAUACUUAUAUUAAUUCGCACUACGUUAUUUUUAUUGUGAAUUAAUAGAGAACUUACCAGUUGAUAGUGAUGCUUUGUCAAUAAUAUAUAUACAUAUUAUACGUCAUAUUAUGGUAAAAUAAUUAAAUAAGCAUUAUAUUAUAUUUUCUUUAAUACAGUACUGAUUUUUCCGUUUUUACCAGUUUUAUCAUGUUAGUUUAUGGUUUUUCAAAUUUGCUGGGAAAUCUCUUAAAAACAUCGAAAAAUAAAAGCUUAAGGUACUUUCCCAGUCAGAUAACCUUUCAGAAAAUGUGCUAUCAAUGUAAAUCAGAGCAAAAUUGCUGGCAGAAAACUUGUUCACAAUCAAAAAAAAAGACCGACAUUUUUUUCAACUUAUGUCUAAUUUUGUAUAUUUUCCCGUUUUUUUCGGUUUUUCACAUUUGUUGAGAAAACUCUUGGAAAAAUCGGAAAAUGGCUUUCAUAAAGGUUCAUCCCAAGAAAAUUUCGUUUCAGAAAAGGGUCUAUAUCGUAUACAUUAGAGUAAGCUUAAGCUUAUUGGUAGAAAAAGUGUUCAUAUAAAAUAUAAUAAAAAUAAUAAUAAACAUUUUUGUAAAACCAAUAUAUUCUUUGCUGUACUCAGAAUCUUAAAAAAAUUUAAAUUAAAUAGAAUAUUUAUGUUUAUCAUACCUUAAUUUUUAUUUUUUGAUACAUAAAAUAAUUAUAAAUAUAUAUAUUUUAUUUUUUUUGAAUUGUUCUUAAUUAGUUUUUAUCUGCACAGGACAAUGGUGAUGUUACCCAAACAUACACCAGACGGUUUAAAAGUAAUGUAUUGCAAUUUCAAUGAUCGUAACACCCAUUUGUUUCGGCCAGUCGAAAUAUAUCGGAGAAUGCGUUUGAUGUUGGAUAUUUAUCAAAAGAAAGGUAUCGAUUUUACUGGUAUUCAUGUUGUGAUCGACACCAAGAACAUUACAUUGUCUCAUAUAAGUCAGUUUGAUUUAUUCCAACUCAAGAACCUCAUUAAACAUGCUCAGGUAUUAUAAUUUAAACAUAUUAUUUUUGGUUGUUGUUACAAUAUGUACCCCGUUAAAUUACUUUAUAUAUAUAUAAUAAAGAAAAAUUAAAUUAAAAACGAAUAAUGCAACUAGAUUUAAUAUUUUUAAUGAUAGAAAAUCUCAAAAAUAGGUAGUUAAUAAUAUAAUAUUAUUUAAUUUUAUUUAACUUGUUUAAUGAUGUAACAACGCAAUUGUAUGAAUAUUAUUAGUAUUAUUAAGUAUUGGAGUAUUAUAGUAUGUUAAGAAAUUACACCAUUUUCAUAUAGAAUGUAGGUAUUUCUUUAACAAAAUUUAAUUCAGUGUUACCAGCUAUUAUUAAAUUAUAACAAUAGAAGUAAAAUUUAAUAAUUGACAAAUUUCAUAGAUUGUAUUAUUGAAGAAGACAGAAAUAUUAUUAAUGGACAUGAUCCAAUGAAUUAUAAUUAUUAUACUAGUUUUCAAUAACAUUGCAAGGAUAUACAUUUAAAUAAAAUUAAUAAUGUGAAUAAGAAAUAAAGAUUUGUUUUUUAUUUCUGAAAAUUAUACAUUUUUACAAGUAAAAUGUUUUGACUAUGACAUAUAAUUAUUUUGUAGAAAGCAUAUCCACUACGGCUAAAGCAUACGCAUAUUAUGUUUCCACCUAGUUUCAUUGACAUAGCUAAAAAUGUUUUGAAGCCAUUUGUGUCAAAAAAAAUGUUUUCUAGAGUAAGUACUAGCUACAUAAUAAUGUAAAUAUUAAUGUUAUUGUAAAUUAUUAUUGUGUACCUAGUUAUCAUUCCAUAAGAAUCUUGAAACUCUGUGGGAACACAUACCUAGAGAUGUACUUCCAGUAGAAUAUGGAGGAUAUUGUGGCAAUUUAGAUAUGAUUAAGGGUAAUAGUAUUAUAUUUAUAAAAUAUGUAUUAUGUACUAUAGAUAAAUAUUUAUUGAGAAAUUUAUCUCUUGAAAUUUUAAGAUAGGUACAUGAGUAUCAAUUCCAUUUUUGUAAGAUGAAAUACUUACGACUAAAUGUUACAUUUCACAUUAUCUUUACAAUACAUUUCUGUCAACAGUAUUGUAUUGAAAUGUAUAUGUACAAAUAAAAUAAUUUAUUUUAUUUUCUUACAGAGGAAUGGAAGACUUUGAUAUUGAAGAAUUCAGAUUGGUUUUUGUCAAACGAAAGCUACAAAUUGGAGGACUCAAAACAGACAAAAAAAUUACAAAAAACAGUUCCCGUCCAAGAAACAUUUUCGUUCAAGACAUUAGUUUUGGAUUGA